GUGCACGUGAUCACACCCAGGGGAGGACACUGUGUCCCCAACACCCAAUGACUUCCCCACGCAGAUGUAGGUCAGCAGCCCACAGGGAUCUCGGGGCAAAUCCAGGCCUCCGUCUCCUGUUUUCCCAUCACCAGGGCCCUGCCCGGGGUGCCCAACCCACGUCCUCAGAGGCCUGUAGAGCAUCUCCCUCGAGGUCACACUGGGGGACACUGAGGCUAAGGGGACGGGACUGUCUGAGGUGCCAGGCUGAGGCCCAUGCAUCAGGACCACCCUCGGGUUCACCCCAAAAGUGGGCCGAGUGCCUGGGGACGCAGGCUGGGAGGGCAGCUCCCAGGUGACGUUUCCUCCACAGGCCCAGAGAGGGCAGAGCCUGCAGGGAAGACUCACAGGAGCACGCGGAUGACAUGGGUCUGACCUGGCCCCCAACUGGGGAGGGACACAGGGUUCCAGGCCAGUGAGGACCUGCCCUGGCCCAGACCUGCGCCCACCCUGCCGGCCCUGCUCGCCCAGAGCUGACCAGGAGAUGGCGCUGACCCGGUGGCUGCUCCCCAUGGCCCUGCUGGCUCUGAGCCAGGAGCCCAGCAUGGCAGGGGUCCCAGGGACCAUCCCGCUGCAGACCCUGCACUGCCAUAACGACUACACCAGCCGCAUCACCUGCAGGUGGGCAGACACCCAGGAGGCCCAGCGGCUCCUCAACCUGACCCUCUACCGCAGGCUGAACGAGUCCCCCCCAGAGCCAGUGUCCUGUGAUCUCAGUGACGACAUGCCCUGGUCAGACUGCCCGGUUCCCCGCUGUGUGCCCAGAAAAUGUGUCAUUCCCUGCGAGCAGUUCGUCAUAGCCGACAGGGACAGCUUCUCAUUCCUACCCGACAGGCCUCUGGGCACCCAGCUCACUGUUACCCUGGCCCAGCAUGUGCAGCCCCCCUCCACCGCCCCGCAGGCCCACCUGGGGCCCGGCCACCUCAUUCCCAGCAGCACCUACGAGGCCCGAGUGCGUGCCCGGCUGGGCUCUGGCUCCAGAUUCUCGGGCCGGCCCAGCCCCUGGAGCCCAGAGGUUCGCUGGGACUCCCAGCCAGGGGACAAGGCCCAGCCCCAGAACCUCCAGUGCUUCUUCGAUGGGGGCGCCGCGCUCAGCUGCUCCUGGGAAGUGAGGUCCGAGGUGACCCGCUCUGUCUCCUUCACCCUCUUCUACAAGCCCAGCCCCAACGAGGGGGAGCAGGAGUGUUCCCCGGUGCUGAAGGGGGCCCGCGGCCCCUAUGUCCACCACCGGUGCCGGGUGCCCGUGGCCGACCCCCAGAACCACAGCCAGCAGGGAAUGUCCCAGGGGAGGGAUGCUAAGAAGAAUGUUCCCUAAAAUUUCCUCCCUCCAGUCCAGAUGGCGCCCCCGACGCUCAACGUGACCAAGGGCAGAGACGGCCACAUUUUGCGCUGGGAAGUGAAGAUGUUCUAUAAUCACAUAGAGUACACCUUCGAGGUCCAGUACAAGAAAGACACAGCCUCCUGGGAGGAGAGCAAGACAGAGCCCCUCCAGAACACGCGCGUCCUGUCGCUGCCGCCUCUGGAGUCCUCCACCAGGUACCAGGCGAGAGUGAGGGUCAAGCCCUACAAAGGCUACAGCGGGAUCUGGAGCGAGUGGAGCGAGGAGAGCUCCUGGGACACUGAGUGGGUGCUGCCCACGUGGGGCCUGGCCCUCGUCCUAGUCUUCACCACCCUGGCCUUACUCCUGGCCCUGCGUCUCUGUGGCACGUACGGGUACAGGUUGACCCACAAGUGGGAGGAGAAAAUCCCCAACCCCAGUAAAAGCCAACUGUUCCAGGACGUGAGUGCGGGGCGCUGGCCCCCAGGCGGCAUGUCGGCCCUCACCAGCAGGAGCCCCGCACACAAGGGGCCAUGGGGCAGCCGCUUCCCUGGGCUGGAGGGGGUGUUCCCUGAAGACCGCAUGCACAGCGAGGUGUCACCUCUCACCGUGGAGGACCCUAAAAAUGCUUACGACUCACCAUCGGAGCCUGACACGACUCCGGCCGCCUCGGACCUGCCCGCGGAGCUGUCCCCAAGCCCCGCGCCCUGCCUGUCAGCCCCCUCUGGCAGCCCUGAGAGCCAGGGUUCCGGCUUCCACUUCAACGGCCCCUACCUGGGGCCGCCCCACAGCCACUCCCUGCCGGACCUCCUGGGCCAGGAGGAGGCCCCACAGAUGGUGGGGAGCCAGAAGCCUCUGCCCGCAGGGUCCCUGGAGUACCUGUGCCUGCCCCAAGGGGAGCAGGUGCAGCUGGUCCCACUGGCCCAGGUGAUGGGACAGGGCCAGGCCAGGGGUGUAGAGAGGAGAUCCUGCGGGGGCGCGGAGGGGAGCCCCUCCGUGGAGACUGGGGCGGGCCCUGUUCCUCCCGCUCCUGGGCUGCUGGUGGGUGGUCAGGGCCUGAAGGACAGACCCACAGCUGUGUCUCCUGUGUCCGGGGGCCCUGCGGACAGCAUCAUGGCCUCUGGUUAUGUCACCACCACAGACCUGGCACUCGCCUUACCCACAGAGGCACCAUCUGCCUCCCGGGUCCCUCCCCCAGGCCUCCCCUCAGAGCAGAACCACAGCCUCAGUCCCAGGCUGGCACGUGGGCCCCUGGAAGGCCCCGCCCCCGUGAAACCAGCGAUUGACGGCUAUGUGGAGCUCCCUUCCACCAUGGGCCAGUCCCCUAAGUCCCCUCUGGGCAGCCCUGCCCCUCCUGUAGCCAGCGGCCACGUCCUGAGCCCAAGGGAGCCCCGGGUCGAUGUGGCCCCAGUCUCCCCGCACCCCGAGGGGCUCCUGGUCCUGCAGCAGGUGGGAGACUAUUGCUUCCUCCCCGGCGUGGGGUCUGGCCCCUUGUCCCCCCAGAGUAAGUCCUCUUCUCCCGGACCCUGUCCUGAGAUCAGGGACCUGGACCAGGGCUUCCCGGCCAAGAAGCCUUCCUGUCCGGCCAUCCCCCAGGUGCCGGCCAUUCAGCUCUUCAAGGCCCUGAAGCAGCAGGACUACCUGUCGCUGCCCCCCUGGGAGGUCAGCAGGCCUGGGGAGGUGUGCUGAGACCCUGCGGGCCUGGGGGUCACAUGGGGGAGAGGGCCUGCCUUCCUUCCUGCCCUGCCUUUCUCCCGCCAGCCUCUGUGUGUUCCACACUCAUUUCUGCAAAGCCAAGGACAGGGGGCCAGGAAAACGCGUGAACUGCCCAUCUUCUCCCUUGACCUUGAGCAAGGUCAAGCCUCUCUGUCUCUCUUCCUCCUCCCUCCCUGCCCCACCCUGCCACCACCCCUCCCCCUUCUCACAGACACACACACACACACACACAUGCUUUUCCUUCAAGUUCACGGACUUUUAGGUUCUGAAUUGUUAGAACGUUCCACACUUUCUCGUUCCAUUUGCCUCGUUUUCUCUGUUACAAGGUUUCCCUGCUUGGGCUCGUUCCUUCGUUCUCUUCUCCCUGGUUUGUUAUUAGAGCGAGUUUGAGGUCCCAGCGCGGCCUGUCCGGAGAUGCCAUGUCUCGGUCAGAGCCUGUGCUGAUGCCGCCGUGUCUGGCUGUGUUGGGGGACCUGUGCCUGUAGCCUGUU